CCCCCAGCCAUGGCAUCUUCCGCGCUUGCCGGUCGUUCCGCCGUCGCCGCCGCGUGCUGCGCCGCGACCGCCGGCGCCAGAUCCGCCGCCUUGUCGUCGUCCCGCUCCGCCGGCCGCGUCGCCUCGGUGCUUCCCCGCUUCGCCGCCGCAGCCGGAAUCGCGGCGGUGUCCACGCGCGCUUCCCCUGCGCGCGCAUCCGCUGUCCCAGCGGGCGGCAAGGCGGCGGUGGCGACAGCGGAGGCGCCGGCAGCGCUGGGGCCGUACAGCCAGGCCAUCCAGGCCAACGGCACGCUCUAUGUCUCAGGCGUGCUGGGACUCGUACCCGAGACGAUGAAGUUUGCAGGGGAGACAGUGGAGGAGCAGACCGAGCAGCUGAUGAAGAACAUGGGUGCCAUUCUGCGAGCUGGGGGAGCAGACUAUGACUCUGUUGUCAAGACCACCAUCAUGCUUGCGGACCUUGCAGAUUUCAGCACCGUGAAUAAGAUCUACGCCACAUACUUCCCUGCACCUGCUCCUGCGCGCUCCACGUACCAGGUGGCAGCGCUGCCUCUGAAUGCACGCAUUGAGAUCGAGUGCAUUGCCCUCAUCAAGAAGUAG